CAUGCCAUUAUCCACCGGAGCCCGGAAGCGUACAAUUUCAAGAACACCAUCGCACCUCUUUUUAUCAAACGAAUUUUAGUGCAACAGAUUAUAAUCGUAAAUCCAAUCUGUAAUUGUUAGGGUUUAUUUCUUGCAAUUUGGAAGCUAACACCAUCAGAAAUGGGGGAACUGAAGAUGCAAGAGAUGUCCUUGCCAGCUUUGUUCGAGCAGGCUCGAAAUAUUCAUACAAUUGCAUCUGAAUCCAGCGUUGAUCGGGACCUUGUCAAGAAAGGUUGCGACCUUUUGAGACAGUGCGAGGAAAUGAUCAGUAAAUUAGGGCUGUUCUCGCUCAAUGAGACAAAAGAUGAUAUCAGCACUGCUAAUCUGAAAUAUAUCCUGGUGCCAUACUAUCUUGCCGAGCUAAUAGAAAAAAUUGCUGAAGAUGGGAGGAUAAAAGUACUUAAGGCUUCACAGGCCAAGUUAAAGGAAUUCAUUUCAUUUUGUGAGACAAUGGAGCUUGUUCCUGAAGAGGAGAUGGAGACAUCUAAACAAGGUGGAGCUAAUACUUUUGCAGGUCGUAGAGCUAAGAAGAUUGCUCGGUUCAAAUGCCAAAGAGCUGCUGAGUCAAAACUACUAGAAUUGAAGGAGCGGAAGGAGCGUCGUGGGCGAUCAACUAAAGCAUCUGCAUUGUCUACUCCUGUUGAGUCUGGAGAAGAUGAUGUGUUGGAUGACGAUGGUGACGAAGAAAGGGAGGCAUGGCUUACAACCAUCUCCUUGGCCCUCAGUAAGGCUUUUGAUCUGCUUGAAAUGCUGAACAAAGAGGAGGAAAUGCUAUCUGCUAUUAAGGAAAAGCAGCUUCAGGACGGGGAGAAAGAAUUUUCUCAGCUAGUACUUGAUGAACGCACCAAAAAAGUAGAAACUUGGCACCGUGAUGCUGCUGCUCGAGCUCCCUACACAAAACCUGCAGCACCUAUCACCUGUGCUACUUUCGCGCAAGAUGUCAUAGAGGGAAGGGCCAAUGUUUCACAGGCGCAUGAACAUAAACACAAACCCUUAAUUUUUGGACCUGCAAGUGUUGUUGGUAGGAACCCAACAACCGAACGAGAAAAAAUAGCAGCACAGGUUUUUCAGCCUCAUUAUAGAUUAGCAACCAUGAGCAUAGAGGAGGCUGGGCUAACAGAGAUGAACAUGAUGAACGAAUGGCAAGAGAGGAAUGUAAAACUCAUGGAAGAAGCAAAUUCUUCAUGGCACAGGGAUGCCCCAAAGUUGCGGCCAGGUGAAGAGGACGAAGAAGAUGAUGACGCUGCUCAAGACAAGGCAAGAGCAUGGGAUGACUGGAAGGAUGAUAACCCCCGUGGUGCUGGCAACAAGAAACUCACUCCUUGUGGUUAAGGAAGCAGUUGCAGCGGAGCUGUUGUAUCCAAGACAUAAUUAAUUAGACUUUCCUGUUAGUUGUACACCAAACUUAUCAAUAAGUUUAAACCCGUUCUGUUUCCAGUUUAAAUGUACUAAAGUUUACGUAGGUUUUGCUGUAUGUACUAAAUUAGAUGGCUGAUGUAUUGUACAGUAGUUCUAGUGGAAAUGUAUUGAUGUCAAUAUCUCCAGAAGUGACAAAUGAUGAACUUUAGGUGUGAGUAUAUUACGUAUGAAACACAAUUUCCUGUUGC